CUCUUUUGCACUACUAUUACUCUGCUCCAAUGGCGAAGCCCAUUGUUGCGUGAGUCGAAAUCCACAAGCGAGAGCAAGGAGGAGGAGGAGGAAGAGGAGGAGAAUGGCUCCUCUCGCACCCAAGACCGGGGACGCAGUCUUUGCCAGCGUCGAUCGCGUGAAUGCGGAGCUGUUCACCCUGACGUACGGGGCGAUGGUGCGGCAGCUCCUCACGGAUCUGGAGGAGGUCGAUGAGGUCAACAAGCAGCUCGAUCAGAUGGGAUACAACAUUGGAGUUCGGUUGAUUGAUGAAUUCCUAGCCAAGUCCAAUGUAUCUAGAUGUGUUGACUUCAAGGAGACAGCUGAUGUAAUUGCAAAGGUUGGUUUCAAAAUGUUCUUAGGGAUCACUGCAUCAGUUACCAGUUGGGAUGCUGAAGGAACAAGUUUCAGCCUUGUUCUGGAGGAUAAUCCCUUAGUAGACUUUGUUGAGCUUCCGGAUACUUGCCAAGGUCUUCAUUACUGCAAUAUCUUGAGUGGAGUUUUACGAGGAGCACUGGAGAUGGUGUCGAUGAAGACUGAAGUCACUUGGGUUCGGGAUAUGCUGCAUGGGGACGAUGCAUAUGAGCUCAGGGUGAAACUUUUGAAGCAAGUGCCUGAGGAGUACCCUUAUAAAGAUGACGAGUAAAAUGGAUAUGGAUAUGCUACGGCAAUGAUUCGAGGAAAGACCUUCUGUUUUGUUUUGCUCUCGUGAGAUUAUCUUGCUUUACUGAAAGAGCCAUGUUACUCUAUAUACCAACAUAUUGCUUAGUCUCUUUGACUUAUUUUAAGUUUCCUCCAUCUUAAAAAUUAACCGUCCAUUUGGAAAGAUGAACGGUUGACAUA